AUGUUUAAUGAUGAUGAUGAUAUUGGAGACUUAAUAUUGCCUCCUGCUGAUCCCCCUUCUCUGCCACCAAAUCUGCCUCCCUCUCCUGAUCACACCACCGACACGUCAUCCACAGACUCAUCUUUCGCUAGUUCAGCCUCUUCGUCGUCCGCUUCUGAUCACCACCACUCUUCGGGAUCUUCUUCGAGCUCAAGUGCAUCUCCACCGCCAUCUCCUCCGUCGGAUGCUCUCUUGGCGCUCCGUCGAUCUCUCCGCGCCACAAAAGGUCAACCUCCAUCUCAUUUCAAUGCAUACCCGAUUCAAGCAAGCCCAGGGUAA